AUGGGGAAUCUGCUCAUCAUCAUAACCAUAAAGGCCAUUCAAACUCUGGGCACCCCCAUAUACUUUCUUCUGACCUAUUUGUCCUUCACAGAUACCUGCUAUACAUCCUGUAUGGCUCCCAAGAUGAUUAUAGAUUUGCUGCAGGAGAGGAAAACUAUCUUCUUCAGUGGCUGCACAUCACAGCUCUUUGCAGGUCAUUUGUUCACCAGUGCCGAGAUCAUCCUUCUCGUGGCCAUGGCCUCUGACCGCUACAUGGCCAUCUGUAAGCCCCUGCACUACACAGCCAUCAUGAGUCAGCACGUGUGUGGCCUACUGAUGCUGUUGAAACUUGCUAGCACCAGCACCCAGGUCUGUCGCCUGUUGGUCGUGGCCAACAGUGCGGUGAUGUGUACAUUAAAUUUUCUCCUACUGGUCUUGUCUUACGUCGUCAUCUGGACCUUGUACAAGCUCCCUGUGUUCAUGUCGGUGGCCAUAUUUUACACUACCAUCACCACCAUGUUGAACCCCGUCAUCGACACCAUGAGAGACGCGGAGGUGAAAAGUGUCAUGAGGAAGCUGUGGAGCAGGAAAGUGAAAUGA